AUGGAAGGCCUUGCAGGACAUGGCGACACAUCGCAUUCCAGAACACUGUCCAUCCUCUCCGUCUUAUUCCUCGUAGCCUCUUUUGGUCUCUGCCUGCUCGUGUCUCGCAUCCGUCGUGGUCGCCAGCGGUACCCAGACCUGCCUCUGCCACCGGGACCGCCGCGGCUCCCCAUCAUCGGGAACCUUUUCAACAGCCCAACCCACUACAGCUGGCUGACCCAUCUCCAAUGGAAACAUGUCUACGGCCCGGUAGCCUACUACGAGGUGGGAGGGCAGCCCACUGUCGUCUUGACCACCGUGGAAGCGGCCCACGAGCUCCUCAACAAGCGGGCCAGCAACUACUCGAACCGGUCUUUUGGCUACACCGUCUCCGAGCUCGUGUGCAAGGGCUACAACAUGCUGUUUCGCCAAUACGAUGCUCGACUCCGCCUACACCAGCGCCUACACGUCCACGGGUUGAACCCCCAGUCCUCGGUGCUCUACCAUGCCAUUGAGGAGAUGGAGUCUCUCCAGCUUCUGAACGACAUGCUUGCGGAGGGCAAACCGAAACCGGGCCAAGGCACCGGGGAGAAGCAGACGGCGGAUGUGGUGCCCCAAAACCCUCACUGGGAUUUCCGACGCGCGUCCGCGAGCGCCAUGAGCUUGAUCGUUUGGGGGUACCGUCUGCGAAAGGGACAGCCCGGCACAGAGUACGAGAUGGACUUUUUCAACAACACCUCGACGCUGGAGGUCCUCACCGCCCCCCCCUGGUGGAUCGACGCCUUCACUUGGCUCAGGCACGUCCCGCGCUGCGUCUCCCCCUGGAAGCGGGCCGGGGAGAAGCUGCACGAGCGCGAGGUCUCGCACCACCUGGCAAACUUCCGCAGGGCGCUGAAGUUGCCCGGGUACAACAUCAGCAAGCAGGUCGCCCGCGGCGCCGACCGCCUCGGCGCGGACGGCCUGUGCGAGGCGGAGCUGGCCUUCGUGGCGGCGGCGCUGACGCUGGCCAACGGCGAGACGACGGUGACAAUUCUCUGCUGGCUCGUCGUCGCCAUGGUUACCUACCCGCGCGUCAUGCGCGAGGCGCAGGCGGAGCUGGACGACGUCGUCGGCCGCGCGAGGAUGCCCACGUACGCCGACCGCGCGGCGCUGCCGUACGUCAACGCCGUCAUCGACGAGGUGAUGCGCUGGCGGCCCCUCAUUCCCGACGGGAUGGUCCACGCGGCGGCCGAGGAGGACGAGUUCAUGGGCUACCGGAUCCCGAGGGGCGCCGCCGUCGUGGCCUCGCAGUGGGCCAUCACGCGGGACCGGGAUGCCUUCGGCGCCGACGCCGACGACUUCCGGCCGGAGCGGUGGCUCGAGCGGGACGACCUGCCGAGGACCUCGUUCGGCUACGGGAGGCGGCUGUGUCCCGGCAGGCACGUGGGGCGGGACGGCCUGUGGAUCAUGGCCGCGCGGCUGCUGUGGGCGUUCGACAUGGAGUCCCCGCCGGCCGACGACCCGGCCGCCUCGAAGAAGAAGAAGAAGAGGGUGAUUGACCCGAUGGCCAUGCCCCCUUUCGGCAUCGUCAUCGCCCCGCAGCCCUUCGAGGCGCUGUUCAGGCCCAGGGGGGAGUGGGUCGAGGCUUUGGUCAGCAAGGGGAUGGAGGACGUCGAGAGCGACGCCGGGAAUCUCAUGGAGCAGAUUGGGAUCGCGAAGGGUUUUCACUAA